GAUAGGGGCUCUCCAGGACCAGGGUUGGAGACCCCUGCUGUAAGGGAUCAGUAAUGGCAAUAGGUAGCCCAGCGUGUCCAGCUACUAUUGCUAUAUGAGAAAAGCGGGCAACUUAACAGUCAUCUCAUAAGAACAUAAUUUACAAACGAGGAGGCCAUUUGGCCAUCUAAGCUUAUCCGGUUCCUAAUAGCUAAUUGAUCUAAAAAAAAAAUAAAAAAAACUUUAUCGCGUUGGAUCUUAAAGGAUUAUUUUUUUGUAACUAUAUCUUACGAGUAAAAAUAGAACACCAAGGUUAGCUGUUUUGAUUUCAAAGUGUGAUCACUUUGAAAACUGCAUGCCCAAGUUCGCUGUGCUGCUUCACGUGUUAUAUAUUUUAGAAAGACUAGUUUUGUAACAGUUUAUGUGUAGCUCAGACAGUUUGGGUUAACUUUAUGCGCUUUUAUUAAAACUGCAGUGUGUGUGGUCAGCACGAGUUCAAACAGAGAUUUACACGCCCUCAAUCUAAUGUAAAUAUUAGGGAUGUGACAACAAUUUUGAACAAAUCUAGUAAGUGGGUGGUUUAGAGAGCCGGCGAAUUUCCGGGUCUUGUGAUUUAAUCAGUCAGAUGGUUUUGUGGAGCGUCGUAAGGAGGAAGAGGGAGAAAUUGUUCUCAGCUGGCCUCCUUCCAGUUUCUAAAACGAACAAAAAAUAAUAAAUAAAUACAUUGCAUAUCCGAGCCAGCUGUUGCAGAAAGAGCGGCGGUUUAUUCAUUUUUAUUUUAAUUGUGUAUUUUUUAAAAAGCCUGAUUAUGGCGAGCGGUACUGUAACAGAAUGUAAAGAAUAUUUGUUCAAAGUUUUGGUAAUUGGGGAGUUAGGUGUGGGGAAAACCAGUCUCAUCAAGCGGUACGUACAUCAACUAUUCUCACAGCACUAUAGAGCCACAAUCGGCGUGGACUUCGCUCUGAAAGUUAUCAGCUGGGACAGCAAGACACUGGUCAGGCUGCAGCUUUGGGACAUAGCAGGUCAGGAAAGGUUUGGCAACAUGACCAGAGUGUAUUACAAGGAGGCUGUGGGAGCUUUCGUGGUCUUUGAUGUGACAAGAGGAUCCACCUUUGAGGCAGUUUCAAAGUGGAAACACGACCUGGACAGCAAGGUGAAGCUGCCCAAUGGGGGCGCUAUCCCUGUUGUGCUACUCGCCAACAAGUGCGACCAGAAGAAGGAUGGCAAUGGAGACAACUCCUCCAACAUGGAUCAGUUCUGCAAAGAGAGUGGCUUCAUAGGCUGGUUCGAAACUUCUGCCAAGGAUAACAUUAAUGUGGAGGAAGCAGCCCGAUUCCUGGUGGAGAACAUCCUGAUCAAUGACAAGGGUCUCCCCAGUGAGGACAGUAAUGGGGAUACAGUAAAACUGGAUCAGGAGACAGUGGCAGCAGAGAGCAAAUCCCAGUGCUGCUAACAGGCAUGGCUCUCCCAGAGUGGAUUCAAGUCAGAGGCUGGAUCUCGGAGCAGCACAUGACUCAACAGUAAACCUACCGUGGUCGGGUCAAGUUGGACUUGGCUCCUGAGGACACAGUGUAAUAAGGUUGGGCAAUAAGCCCUAUAGUUCUCUUUAUCCUAGCUUGUGGCAUACCACUACCUUAAUAUGCUUCUGAACCAGUACUGGAGCUGUAAUACUUCUAGAAGACUUACAGAGUAGCUGGUAGUGUUGUUUUAUCAGUUGGGAUAAAAAAAAAAAAAAAAAAAAACUUUAGUUUUGUUUUAGCUACUUGUCAUCCAAAAUAGUUUUCCCCCAGCCUGAAUAAACCCAGGAGACAAAUUCCCAAACCUCAAGCCUUAACUAAUAUGCCUCUGGAUAUAUAUAUAUAUAUAUAUAUAUAUAUAUAUAUAUAUAUAUAUAUAUAUAUAUAUAUAUGGGGAUAUAACUACAUAAAGUAAAUUCAGCAUGUUAAAAUCAAGAACAUUUUAUGGUGCUGUAAUUUCCAGUAAUUUUUUUUACUGUAUAAUGAUAAUGUUAAACAACUGCUGACAGAAUGUUUGAUUUUGUGUGCUGCUUUUAUUGUACGUGUGUUUUGUUGGAUUUUAUUACAUUACCAAAAGAUCUUGACACCAAGUAAGCCUUAUCUAAUACUAUACCCCCAUGGCAUUUGCUACGAAAUAUAGUUUGACAGUUGCAUCAAAAAAGGCCUCAGGAGUGUUUCAAUAAGUGCUUCAGUUUGUAGGUAAUGGUAAGGCACAGAGGAUAAACUAAUUAAUUUUGGCCAGCCUAACAGCACUUCUAUUAUUUGUAUUUUAUAACUGCAUUGUCAUUUGGAAUGUAACUUUUUAGACUGAUAGGAAUUUAACAUGUACCCUAUAUUUAUAUUCGAUAAGCUAACACUAUAUGCAGCAAACUUGUGGAUACUACUAUUUUGAGGUUUUCCAGUAACUGCUUAGUACUAGAAACAACAGUAAUAUAUAUAUAUAUUGUUACAUAAACACACAUGUUAACAGCUGCUGAGCCAAGCCAUAAAAUAACAGAAUGUAUUUUUUGUCACUGUUAAAUAACUUGCCAAUUUGAAGACAGAAAUAAAGGUUUUCCAUUUAUUUUCAAACAAAGCUAAUUGUUGCUCAACCUCAUGCUCAUGCAAAUGGCGUAUGAUGCUUCAGCCUGAUGGAUAUGUUUCUUAACACUGUGGCCAAUGCUAAUCUGUGUUUUAGUGCUAAAAGCUCUCUAAGUGAAUUAAGGUUUGCUGAUAGUAAUUUGUUUCCCCUGCUAUAUUAGCCAUUAAGUGUGGUAUAUAUAAUAUAUUUAAAAUGUGUUCUUAAAACAAUAUUUUAACAUUUUGUGAGGUUUGCAAUUUUACUAAUUUGGUUCCUAGUUCUCUGAUUUUAUAGAAAUUGUCAAAUUAUUAUUUUUUUUAAUAUCAUGUGUUCUCCAGGGGGGGCAUAUUAAAGCUUUUUUUCAAUGGAUAAUAAAGAAAAGAAAGAUA